AUGGCGAGUCAACAGCAGCCUCAGUAUCCGAUCCAGCCGCCUCAACAGCAACAACCAGUCAUGCAGAGACCUCCAGCAGGCAACGAUCCUAGGAUGGCACCUCCUGGAUACCGCCCUGUAGUUGGCAAUACAAUGCCACCAGCUCAUCCCGGUAUGCCUUAUCGUGCUUCUUCAGGUACACCACCACCACCCCACACACCGCCAGCAGUGGGUGCAGGCUCUGCUUCACCACCUAUGCGACCUGGUUAUCGACCUAUGCCAGUACAACAACAGCCAUCACCGAGAAUGCAAGCUGCACAACCCCAACAAGCUGGUAUGCGUCCACCCAUGGCUUCUCCUAUGCCCAACACGAUGAUGAUGCGUCCUGCUGGUGUUGGAAAUCGUGUAAUGUCUCCGCCAUUACAAUCAUCAUCACAACAACAAGCUCAAGUAGUGCCACCACAACCACCCUCCACUGGUACUCCUCCUCCACCACCUGCAUCUCAAAGCCCUGGUUCAUCCGCACCUCAGUCGCCUGUUGUUGAUCAUCAUACUCGUACUCGUAAACGCAUGUAUCCAGAGCAAAUCACAAAGGCCUAUAUGGAUCAACCUGCAACAGCUCCCAUCAACAACUUUGGUUAUCCUCAACAACAGCAACAACAACAACCAAUUCAACAACAACAAAUGUCAUCACCUGUACCAAGUAUGCCAGCUUAUCCUGGUGCUCAACCACCUACUACUACUACUCCCAAUGCCGCUUAUCCACAAGUCAAUGCAAUGGCUGGUCAAUUUGGAAACAUGAACUUGGGUGGUGGAAAAGCACCUUCUAUCCCAUUGCUUGGUGCACCUCCACAAAUAAGCGAUCUCUAUGCUCCUCCUCCUCCCAUCGCUCUGCCACAGAACGCUUCAGUGACCAAUUCACCUUUUGUCAACAGUGAUCCUUCUUUCAAAUGUUGUACCAUCAAUGCUGUACCAUCCAAUGAAUCGGUUCUCAAAAAGUCAAAGUUGCCAUUUGCCCUUGUGCUUUCUCCUUAUCGAACAUCUGAUGGUGAACAUGAUCCAGUCCCUGUGGUAUCCGAUUAUGUCAUUGCCAGAUGUCGACGUUGCCGUACUUACAUCAAUCCUUUUGUUACCUUUGUCGAAGGUGGUCAGCGAUGGAAGUGUAACAUGUGCUUCUUGUUGAAUGAUGUCCCUGCUGCUUUUGAUUAUGAUGCCCAAACGCAACAACCUGUGGAUCGUUGGAAACGUGCUGAACUCAACUAUUCUUGUGUUGAAUACGUGGCUCCUACUGAGUACAUGGUGCGACCACCACAAACACCAUCCUAUGUUUUUGUCAUUGACGUGUCGUAUUCGGCUAUUCAAUCGGGCAUGGUAGCUACAGCUGCUCGUACGAUUUUGGAUUCCCUUGAACGCUUGCCCAAUAAGGAUGAUCGUACCCAAGUCGGAUUUAUUACGGUGGACAGCAGCAUUCAUUUCUACAACAUGAACCCCGAGUUAUCCGAACCUCAAAUGUUGGUGGUGUCUGAUCUCGAAGACGUGUUUUUGCCUCAACCUACACAUUUGCUUGCCAACUUGACCAAGAGUAAAGAGCUCAUUCAAGGCUUUUUGGAAAAGUUGCCCGACAUGUUCAAGGAUACUGCCAAUGUCAACAAUGCCUUGGGUAGUGCACUUCAAGCAGCCUUCAAGAUUGUGUCUCCUUUUGGUGGCAAGAUUGUUUGCUUGCAAUCGACUCUUCCUAAUAUGGGUGCUGGUUCAUUGAAGCCUAGAGAAGAUCCAAAGGUGUUGGGAACGGCCAAGGAAACGCCUUUGUUGAAUGCUGCAUCACCAUUUUACAAGUCAUUUGCUGUCGAUUGUUCCCGGUCUCAAGUGUCAUGUGAUAUGUUGAUCUUUGGAGGACAAUAUGCCGAUAUGGCUACCUUAGGUUGCCUUCCUAGAUUUACAGGUGGUCAAACCUACUUUUACCCUGGUUUCCAUGCCAGCAGGUCCGAAGAUGCUCUCAAGUUUGCGCAUGAAUUUUCCGAAUUAUUGGCGGAAGAGAUUGGUUUGGAAGCAGUAUUACGUAUUCGUGCCUCUCGCAAUUUGCGUAUGAGUGCGUUCCAUGGCAACUUCUUUAUUCGCUCAACUGAUCUUUUGGCACUUCCUAACGUCCCCCGAAACCAAUCUUAUUGUGUGGAGGUUGCCAUUGAAGAUGAAGUGCGAGGACCCACAGCUUGUUUCCAGACCGCAUUGCUACACACCACUUGCUAUGGCGAACGUCGUAUCCGUGUCGUGACAUUGUGUCUUCCAGUGACCAGCUCAGUGACUGACAUGUUGAACAGCAUCAACCCACAAGCCGUUACCGCUUAUUUGGCAAAUAAGGCUGUCGAACGUGGACAAACAAGCAAAUUGGAUGAUGCACGGGAUGCUGUCGUGAACAAGACCAUUGACAUCUUGGGCGUCUACAAGUCUCAAGUACUUGGCCUUGGCAAGGGAUCGACUUCGCCACAAUUAAGCGUACCUGAGCACUUGAAAUUACUUCCUUUGCUUACUCUUGCAUUGAUCAAACAUGAUGGAUUGAGAAAUACGCCUUUGAUUCCCUCUGAUCAUCGAUCCAAUGCCAUGAACCUGAUACGAACCAUGCCUUUGCAAUUGCUUAUCCCCUAUUUGCAUCCUAAUCUCUAUGGCCUUCACAACAUGCCUCCUGAGGCAGGUGAAAUUGGUGAAAACGGUGUAGUAUUCCCUCCUGCACUCAAUCUGACAAUGGAAAAGCUGGAGCCCCAUGGAUGUUACUUAAUGGAGAAUGGCCAAACGAUCUUCAUUUGGGUGGGUCGUGGUGUUGUUCCACAACUCUGCGUUGAUCUUUUCGACGUCAAGUCUUAUACUGAUAUCCCCAAUGGCAAGUACACAUUACCUACGCUUGACACAGCCAUCAACAAAAAGGCAAAUACUCUGAUAUCCAAGACACGUGAGAUGCGUCGUGGCAACUAUUAUCCUACUGUAUACUUGGUCAAGGAAGAUAGCGACCCUGCCCUACGCAUGUGGUUCCUCGCCCAUCUCAUUGAGGAUCGUACCGAAAACGUGUUGAGCUAUCAACAAUUCUUACAGCAUUUGAAGGACAGAGUCAACGCUGGUUCUUUCUAA